UUCAUCAUGUCGGAGGUCGAAAUUGCUCCUCUCCGUGGUUUGGACGAUUUUCUGCUAGAACAGGCCCGAUUCCAGGUGCCAAAUGUCAAAACCCCUGAAAGAUGGGUGAACAGAGUAUUGAACAACCUUUUGUAUUACCAGACAAACUAUUUCCUGUCUGCAUGCGUCAUAUUUCUGAUCGUAGGUGUAAUGAACCCAGCCCAGAUGUGCGUAGGUUUCAUCUCGAUGGGCAUUGCAUUCGGCAUAUUCAUCUACAUAACCAGCUACAAAUAUGAGUUACGAGGUUUCAAACGCGAUCAUCCCCUGUUAUGUCUGAUUGCCAUCUGUGGAAUGGGUUACUUCUUUGUCUACCUGAUUGGAUCUGUUCUUGUAUUCCUGUUUGGAAUCGCACUUCCACUGUUAGUUAUCCUCACACACGCCAGUUUGCGGCUGCGAAACAUCAAGAAUAAGCUCUCAAACAAAAUCGAGUUUGUCGGAUUAAAACGCACGCCAAUGGGAAUACUCUUAGAGGCACUCGGCCAGGACCAAGAAGCUGGAUCAUAGACUUUCGACCAUACAAUGUACAACAAAAUAAUAAAUCUGGAAUUCCAAAUUUCUAGAGAGUAUGUACUGUGCACCUUCCUACCUUACCAAACCAGUGUGAAUUGAGGACCUGAUUUUUACCUACAUGUACAACCAUCCUCACACUUUCAGAUAACCAUCAACGCUUUGUCCCCUUCAUAAAGUAUCUGAACUGAGCUCUACUUCUCACUUUUGCACAUGGUGCACUAUUGUGUGCACGCUGUACGCCUUAUAACUACGUUGCAAAAUGGUACCAAUCGUUCAGAGUUGAAUGUGUGAGGUUGACAAUCCGUUGAAUAGUUGCAUGAGGAUUUUAGUCGUGGGAGAAAAUCUGGUCCACUGUUCGCACUCGCUUUUAGAUUGAUACAUUUAGAAGGGGAAUUUGUUGUAUAUUUAGCAUAAUUGCAACAGUGAUUUACUGGCAAUUAAAACUUGUAUUUUUUUCAGAACGAGGUCAACAAAAUCAGCCUCAUGCAUGGUGAUGUAACAUUUGUAAAUCAUCCGGUUUCCAAGUAUUUACAAUUUCACAGAAAUGCUGUUGCUAAAUUUAUUUGCACUCGUAAGAGACCAAAAAUGAACUUAUUUCCUGACUCUACGGACAGGAAUAGCCUGGGUUCGAUCUGUUGUUAGUAAUUUGCUCAUUUUUGUGCGAUUUAUUACUGGACUUAAUAAUAUGCUUCAACUUUUUUACAAAAUGAAUGUUGUCAGUUUGCAAUCCCUUGAUUUCUUAUGCAUGUGCUCGUCCCCGUGGUUAUUGUCUUUAUAAAUAUUAAUGUAACCUAAAUACUUGUAUUAGAUUUCUAGAUUUAGAUGUGAGGUUACUUAUUCAAGGAAUAAGUCGGUUAUGCCUGCUCUUCAACUUUAGGAGUAGUUUCUAAACACUGGCAGGCCUGCUGCAUGUAAGGUAAUUUUACAUUUCUAUUUAAGGAAUUAAUACCGAGCUGGCGGUCAUUGGUUGUAUAAUCAAGACCGCUCGGGUAGACCGAAAAUGCAGUCCAAAACCCGAGGCGCUUCGCCGAGGGUUUUGGACGUAAUUUGAGGUCUACCCGAGCGGUCUUGAUUAUACAACCAAUGACCGACAGCGAGGUAUUAAUUUCUAUUCUAAAAGGUUUCAAAAUUAAACAAAUUAAAUAUGAUUUGAAAGGUAUAUAUGUUCCGUUUUCGUCAAAGAAUGAUCCAGCCUGGUGUCCGGAACUCCGCCAUAUUGUUGCUUGUGAAGAUGACGUCAAUUUUAUACCUACCCAGGCGGUCAUUGGUUACGAUACCAAGACCGCUCCAAUCAAAACGAGGCGUAAUGUAUUUUGUAUUAGAAACAAUGAUGUACUGUGACUAAGGCCUUUUAGAAUUCAAUACAUAAGCAGCUUACCCAAGCAUGGUCAAUUGGUUCAUUCUUCUGAAAAAAUAUGCAAAAAUUGUCACCUCAUAAAUCAUUGUUUUGUGACAAUUUAUGCAUUAUUUUCAAACAUUUCAAAGGUUUUUGCCAAGAAGGUCUGAAACUUGAUUGCCUUGUUAGUAUUGAACUUCAGUAAAAGAAUUCAUUGUCGGCUCAAAUCACAAAGCAUAGGCAUUGUAGAUUUCUACACAAACCUAUUUAACCUGCAUAGAUUUGUUUUCAUUGGCAUACUAUUUUCAUUCUUAUGUAAUCAUUUCGCCAGCAAUUUAAAAAAUGGUGCUGAAGAAAUUUGUUGCAUUUACCUGCCAACAUGGGGGAGAGAUGUUGGCCUAUGGUUCUAUCACUUGUUUUAUGACAUAGCUAUCAUGACAUAUCAGCUCAUUGAUCAUGACAGGGGUGGAUCCAGGCUUCGAAGAAGGGGAGAGCCCCCUGGUGCUUUUUUGGGGUCAACGGGGUCAAGAUUUUUCACAAAUACGUAAUUGCACACCCCUUUGAGCACACAAGUGGCUCAUGCCUUUUCAUUUGAAGCAUGGUACACCCUACUUUUUUUCGGCCAGGCCUUUUUAGAUUUCUAGCUUAAAAUCUAAUGCUGAUUGUAGAUUGCUUUAUAUAGAAAUCUCUCUUUCCUAUAAUGGCUUCUAGUUUCUAAUAAAAUUAAUUGCUUUUAAUUUGCCCAGAGGGGCACCUCUUGGCGUGGAGUGAUCAAGGGGUCAGCCUCUGUCAAUUUCAGCAUCAUGGAUUCAGAAACCUCAAAAACUGACGCCAUAAUUCAGCCAUUUUGCUCACCACAACAGAGGCUCUGAACAGGAGAGAGGCUAAUUCAUGUUUGAAAUAUCCAAGAUGCAUUUCCAGUUCCGUAAUGGUUAUGAGACGGUUAUUCAGGAUCAAUGAUUUUACAUUAUGUUACUGUGUACAAGGUAGCAUGCUAACAGCAUGAGCAUGACUAACAAUUUAGGUAAACAGCUGUAGGUACAACAGCUAAAAUGGCUAACCUGGGUAAGUUUACCGGAGGCAGUGUGUGGUAAAGUAAGGUGGGUUCUAUCCCACAACCAGAGGAUCAGUUUCCCAGCUGGCCGAGAGUCAAGCAGGUCUUCCAACUUGCCGAGGUCUGGCUUUGUUGGAAAUAACUGUAUUUUUGGAGUUUUCAACUAAAUGACUUUGUGUUCAUCUGGAAAAAGAGUUAUUGAAGCAUGAUAAAUUAGCCCAAGCUUAUUUUACUUCUAAAUCUAAUGCAUAAUAUCAUAUGAUGUCAUUGUUAUUGUCGACUUACCAGAUGUAUGCAGUCUUUUGUAAAUUACUAUUGUUAUUGUCGACUUACCAGAUGUAUGCAGAGUCUUUUGUAAAUUACUAUUGUUAUUGUCGACUUACCAGAUGUAUGCAGAAUCUUUUGUAAAUUACUAUUGUUAUUGUCGACUUACCAGAUGUAUGCAGGGUCUUUUGUAAAUAGCUAAAUACAUGUACCAAUGAGCGCACAUUUGGCUAUUUUUCACAACAACUCCCAGGCACUUUCCUAGGCAGGCUACUCGGUAAGUUGGAAAGCCUAACGAAAAUACACAAGACAAGAUAAGAUUCUCGGUCAGCUGGGGGACUGAUUCUCCAGGGUGUCUCUUAGGUAGAUCGAACAUGAUGUGCAUCGGGUGUACAAUUUCAUCGAAGAGGAGUUCCGAGUUGAAAUGAAGUCUAAUUUACUAUUUCGCACCUGUUGGCAUCUUGUGGAUCUGUGAUGUAGGUUAGUUUUGAUAUCUUACAAGGAUUAUUUGAUGAAAUUAGCUAUUGUUCUUGAGCUUAGAGUAAAACCAGUUGGCUUCUCUAAGCUUAGACAAUGUCAGUCAUGCAGAGUGCCAUUGGUUUUGGUGUAUUAACCAGCGGUUCAGUCUUUGCAUGCACUCAUCUUAUCUCAAGAAUGCCAAAAGUGUAUACACGCAUGUUUCAGAAAAAAGGAAUUGUUGAUGAUAUCGUACAGACUUGUGUUUAGUGAUGCAGGUAGUGAGUGAGUCAUGUAUAUAUUUCAACAGGGUUCUCUUCAGGGUUUACUCAAGGUAGGGUGGUACCCUUAGGCUUGAUAUUCAAGAAGUUUUGCCAGUGUGCAAUACAAGGUAGGGUGGCCAGCUAUUUAACGUAGGGUGGCCCCGUAGAAACCCAUUACAAAAUUCUAGAACAAGGUAUGUUCGGUGGCUCUUCCAAGGUAGGGUGGUAAGCAGCCAAAGUAGGAUGGGCUGACCUGAUGAAUGCCCUUGUGGAGAACACUGAUUUUAGCAUAAGGAAAGGGUGGUCAAAACCAGUGGCAGUCAAAUUAUUCCACGCACCUGCAUCAGCAAUAAAAAGGACAUCUUAUGGAUCAUAUCAAAAUUGCCUGAUACUGUAAGCAGUAUUCAUCUGGCCUAUAACCCUAUUCGUCCUUAGAAGCAACGAGCUCAAGGAUAUUAUUGAUAGAUUUACUUGGACAUCUGAAACAAAUAAUGUGUUUAAUAAAUCAAGUCUGCUCAUUUUCUGAUGCAAGGGCCAACCUCCUUACAGGAACUUGGUAUUCUAAUUAGCUGGUCUUCUUAAUGAGGUUCUGUUAGUGAAUCAAUGACUUCAUCAUAUGGUAUUUUCUUAACUCCAUUCCUUUUAUUCUACACUUACCAUAUGUUGAGUUUCUGGAGACCAUUUUUCGCAUAAUGAUCUUUUCAUUAACCCUUUCACUGGCAGUCAUCACUGUAGCCAUCCAUAUCCAAUAUGUAUGUUGCCUGGAGAAAAUGUUAGAUUUCUCCAGUACAUCUGCUUAGAUAUACUGGGCUUGGACAAAUGAAUUAAUGUUGUAUGUGUCAUAUUUUCUAUUAACUCUUUCACUGCCAUGGCCAUUAAUCGAUGUUUUGAGAAGUCUCCUGUUGACUGCCAGGACAAAGAUCUAUGUCACGCUCAGUUCAUCGAAAGGCCGCCAGAUGGCUCCCCAAUAGAUAUGCCCUGGCUUGGCUAACGACAGUCAUGUUCAUUGUCGACUAGCAGGUAAAAAAAUACCAGUCAAAUGAUCAUGUCCUUUGUUAUUUAGGCCAUAGCGGUCAAAGAUUGAACAAUGCUUUCAGUUUGUGCCUUUGUGCUUGUUAAAAUUGUAUAUUUAUGGAUGAAAUAUACCUGACUAUUUAAAGUGUUUAAUGUAUGUAUAUGUGUGAAGAAUAUGUCUACGAGAUUUUCAAAAUGCAAUGAAGAAAUAAGUAAUAUCACGAUGUGAAAAUUGUUGAAAUAAAGAAGAAUGUCCA